CCUACUGUAACCUCCUUGUACCGUUCACGUUCGACCAUUUCUCAUGAUCACAUGAAAAAAAUGAGCAAAUGAUAAUACAUAAAAUUGUAUCGCUGGUUUAUUAAGGAGAGUCAACUACUGUGCGCUGGAGCGGAGCAUCAUACGGCGGAGUCGUAGGCAGUUACUGAACCGGAGCUCGUGGUGACGCUCUUCGUGGUUACUUGAGAAGUUUAACCCAUCGUCAUCCGGUUGCAGUAACUCACAAGUGGUCUGUCGGCAGCGGUGACUCACGGCAAGGUCCAGGCGGGAGUCAUGAUUAUCUGCAUGUGGUGACGGCAUGAGCUGUCAGCAGCUCGAGGACCCGAAGAGCUAUAAAGAACACCCGCUGGUCCUCAUCUCCUCAUCUCCUCAUUCUGGUCUGCUUCUUCUUUACCUCACAGCUUCAUCUUUCUUUGCUCGUUAAAAGUCUAUCUUUCACGUUCCUUUCUUCAUUCGUUUCUACACUUUCUUCUUCGUCCGUUUGUUAUUCUGUAGUGUUCAGGAGGUGCACAACAAUUCCACUUGGGGCCCGGUGCGCUCCGCCAAGAUGCAGAUCUUUGUGAAGACAUUGACGGGGAAGACCAUCACUCUUGAGGUCGAAAGCUCCGAUACGAUCGACAAUGUUAAGACCAAGAUUCAGGACAAGGAGGGUAUUCCUCCCGACCAGCAGAGGCUGAUUUUCGCCGGCAAGCAACUCGAGGAUGGGAGGACAUUGGCUGAUUAUAACAUCCAAAAGGAGUCUACAUUGCACUUGGUCUUGAGACUGAGGGGUGGUAUGCAGAUCUUCGUCAAGACUUUGACGGGUAAGACAAUUACCCUCGAGGUGGAGAGCUCUGACACCAUCGACAAUGUAAAGACUAAAAUUCAAGAUAAGGAGGGUAUUCCCCCAGACCAGCAGCGUCUGAUCUUUGCCGGCAAGCAGCUUGAGGAUGGAAGGACGCUGGCUGAUUACAACAUCCAAAAGGAGUCCACCCUUCACCUGGUUCUGAGACUGAGAGGAGGUAUGCAAAUCUUCGUCAAGACGUUGACAGGAAAGACCAUUACUCUCGAGGUUGAGAGUUCCGACACCAUCGAUAAUGUGAAGACUAAGAUCCAAGAUAAGGAGGGUAUUCCCCCAGACCAGCAGCGUUUGAUCUUCGCAGGUAAACAGCUUGAGGACGGUAGAACUCUGGCCGACUACAACAUUCAAAAGGAGUCUACCCUCCACCUCGUGUUGAGGUUGAGAGGUGGUAUGCAGAUCUUCGUGAAGACAUUGACUGGCAAGACCAUCACCUUGGAGGUGGAGAGUUCUGACACUAUCGACAAUGUGAAGACUAAAAUCCAAGAUAAGGAGGGUAUUCCUCCAGAUCAGCAGCGAUUGAUCUUCGCCGGCAAGCAGCUCGAAGAUGGAAGGACCCUGGCCGACUACAACAUCCAAAAGGAGUCUACCCUUCACCUCGUCCUGAGGUUGAGAGGUGGUAUGCAGAUUUUCGUGAAGACUCUGACAGGCAAGACCAUCACCUUGGAGGUGGAGAGUUCCGACACCAUCGACAAUGUGAAGACCAAAAUUCAAGACAAGGAAGGCAUUCCCCCAGACCAGCAGCGAUUGAUCUUCGCUGGGAAACAGCUCGAAGAUGGCAGGACUUUGGCCGACUAUAACAUCCAAAAGGAGUCUACUCUUCAUCUUGUGUUGCGGUUGAGAGGUGGUAUGCAGAUCUUUGUCAAGACAUUGACUGGAAAAACCAUCACUUUGGAGGUUGAAAGCUCAGAUACCAUCGACAACGUGAAGACAAAGAUCCAGGAUAAGGAGGGUAUUCCUCCCGACCAGCAGCGAUUGAUCUUUGCCGGUAAGCAGCUCGAGGAUGGUCGUACCUUGGCAGACUAUAAUAUUCAAAAGGAAUCUACCUUGCAUCUUGUGCUACGAUUGAGGGGAGGUAUGCAGAUCUUCGUGAAGACCUUGACCGGGAAGACUAUCACUCUCGAGGUCGAAAGCUCUGACACCAUCGACAAUGUCAAAACCAAGAUCCAGGACAAAGAAGGAAUUCCUCCCGAUCAGCAGAGAUUGAUCUUUGCAGGAAAGCAGCUGGAAGAUGGACGAACCCUGGCGGAUUACAAUAUCCAAAAAGAAUCAACUCUGCAUCUUGUUCUGAGGCUGCGAGGUGGUCUGUAAAUCGUGUCAUCACGCGAAAGACAGGGAAGAUCAUUACCAACGAAGAAUUUGAGCACGAACCCUGAACAUCUGGGCAAGGUCUGAACGAAGAUUGAAAAUUAGCUUAUCAGCAACAAUCUUUACCUCUGCCGGUAAGCAGCUUGAAAUCUAGUUCAUGUAGCAUCGAUGCCUUCUUCUAUCUGGUGGCAAUUAGAGUUGACCAUCUCAACACGUUCUUAUUUGUACAGCAUUUUAGAGUAAAUCCUUCAACCUAUUCAUUAUUUUACAGUAGGGAGUAUUGAGGUGAGAAGGUAUAUAUACCUCAUUUAAUCAUGUCAAGAACGUACGAUUAUUAUUGAGACUACGUUGUACUGGACGUUGUAAGUAUAAGUAAAACAGAAAGUAGUAAAGUUUAUUCCACCCUUAAACUGGUUGUGUGUGG